UAGGCCAAGGAAUGGCAAUGGCAGGAUAAAGCCCAGCCUUCAACCGGUCAAGGCAGACUUUGUUCAACAGUGCGAACUGCGUCGGGCCAUGGGCACUUUUCUUGAGUACGAUAGAUGGCAUUUGAAAGGGAUGAGUGAAGCUAACAGAAUUUGGCUUGAUAUUGCCUGGCGGUAGACAGAUGGCUGUCACGGGUGCGAGGAAAUUCCGGAGCCGUCCCACGGUGUGAAUUGCUCGGACUUGACCGCCUACCUAACAAUACUGCCCGCUAAGCGAUGCGAUGCGAUGCGCCUCCCGCUUCCCUCCAUCAACAAUCUUUCGUCAUCCACCAGCGAAAAGCGCUGGCUGACUUGCAGCCAUAUCACAUCUUGAUCUAUCACUGCUAAACCACAGAUUUCACGUGAGAGCAUUUCUUGAGCCGCCAUGUCGUCGCCAGAUUCGCCCAAUACCCCUGCGCAGGAGGCAUCGCCCGCGCGCGCCCAAGACCAGGCCCAGGGGCAUACGCCGGAGACAUCCGCAGCGGACCAAACCGACGCGAGUGCGCCAGCUGCGAAGGAUGCGCCAGAGCCAAAGCCAGACAGCGAGGCGCCGCCCCUGCCCAGCGAACCCGUCCCCGAUGGUCCUCCUCUACCGAACGAGCCCACACCGCAGCCAAAGCAAGAGGACGAUGGAUGGGACUUCCAAUGGGACCCCAGCUCCAGUUCGUACUUCUUCUACAACCGCUUCACGGGCCAGUCGCAGUGGGAGAAUCCUCGCGUAGCCACCAGUGCGGCGACGGACGCCACUCCAGCUGCAGCUGCGCCCGCCGCCGCCGCUGCUGGGCCCCAACCACCCGCGUCCGAGAAGCCGGCGGCCGGCGGCUACAAUCCCGCGAUCCACGGUGACUAUGACCCGAACGCCUGGUACGCGCAGGGCGACGAGGCGGACCCGGCCGAGGGCGAGCAGACAAUAGGCGGCGCGGCUGUCCCUGGCGUGCCCGGCGAUCCAUACACCACCACGGCGCGGUUCAACCGCUUCACGGGCCAGUUCCAGACAGACGAGGACGGCCCUGGGCGGCACACGGACGAGGCCAAGUCGAAGCGGCAGAUGAAUGCCUUCUUCGACGUGGAUGCCGCGGCCAACUCGCACGACGGACGGAGUCUCAAAGCGGAGCGGUCGAAUAAGAAACCCUCGAAGCAGGAGCUCAAAGCGUUCAAGGAGAAGAGGCGGGCGAGGAAGGAGGAGAAGCGGCGCGCGUGGCUGCGGGACUGAGGAUGCACAGGGUGGGAGUUUGGACCUGGGUGUUAGGAGUUUGUUUGGGCGGAUGCCGUGCGUUCAGGGUCAUUGGAUUC